CACGACUCCCUUUUACGACCAUCAACACAGCUAUAAUAAAUCAGUCAUCAUGGCCAUUGACCAUACCUCCAUCUCGGUCCCUGAGGACAAAUUCAAGGAGUGCGUGGCACUUUACGUCAAAGCUCUCGAACCACUUGGAUAUGAGAUCGCCUACCAGUUUGGCGAGUACACCGUUGGACUUGGUUCGAAGCUCGACGCCAGAGACAACUACAAAGCCGCUGACUUUUGGGCAAUUGGGACCAAGGAGAGCGGCGGCAAGGCACACGUUGCCUUCCGUGUCUCAGAUCGAGCUGUGGUAGACGCAUUUCACGCGGCAGCGAUUUUGGGCGGAGGACAGGAUAAUGGAGCGCCCGGCGUGCGAGCGCAUUAUCAUCCCAAUUACUAUGCCGCCUUUGUGCUUGAUGCAGCGGGUAAUAACAUUGAGGUUGUGUGUCACAAUCCAUAGGACGGGCCAGACUGCUGAAAUUUGCUGCGAGGGUUGAUGCUUCGAGGUUGAUUAGGAGUUUUAGCGUCAUUGGAAUUGAAGAUUUUGAAUGAGCUGCCCAAGUGACGAUUCAUAGUCAUAUUCGGCGGCCUUAAACAUGUAAUCUAGCUUCAUGUUAGUAGCGAUAAUAUGUAUGUUCAACAUGC